AAACAGGCAGUAAAGUACAAAGGAGACUGUGGUUUGAGCUUUUCUAAGUGAAAAAUUCAGUGUGUGAUCUCACAUCACCAAAUGGUACGAUGGGACAAACAUCUCUUCAUUGGCUUUUCUUUCUGACCUCACUGCUGUGCUGCACAACAAACCAAGAUCAACAUGAAGUGAAUGCAAAGCUUGGAGAGGACGCCACUCUUCCCUGUCGGGGUCACGGAAAUGCUACCAUAGAAGUGAUAAAGUGGAACAGAACUGACCUGAAGUCAGGUGAUAUUUAUGUCUUCUUCUUCAGAGACGGCAGCUCAAAUGAAAACAUCACGCAUGAAUCUUAUCGUGGUCGAGUGGAGCUGAGAGAUCAAGAGAUGAAGGACGGAGACGCUUCUGUGAUUCUGAAAAACGUCACCUUCAACGACACUGGAACAUAUGAGUGUCGGGUUAGAGAGGAAAAGGAGACAGGGAAAGUUAAACUCACCAGCAACAUCAGUCUGACAGUGACAGAGCCAGGUCACACAGCUGGACACAAGGAGGGAGGAGACAAGGAGGGAGGAAACAAGGAGAGAAAUGUUGGACUGAUGGUCGGUCUGCCAGUUGUUGCUGUGCUUCUUGCUGUUGUUGGAACGAUGCUCUUUAAAAAACGCAGAGGAGAGACACCUCACACAGGAGGAGAGACACCUCACACAGGAGGAGAGACACCUCACACAGGAGGAGAGACAGACGCCCUAAACCCUCCAACAUCAGGCUGACAGAUCCAGGUCACACAGCUGGACACAAGAAGGGAGGAGACAAGGAGGGAGGAGACAAGGAGGGAAAUGUUGGACUAAGAGUCGGUCGGCCAGUUGGUGUGAUUCUUCUUCUUCUUUGUGGUGGUGUUUUUUUCAUCUAUAGAAAAUAUAGUUCAUACCAACGGGCUGCUAUGAUUUAAGUUUACCCAACUGCAGAGUUGGCUGCAGUGUUUUUUCUGUUUGACUAUAAGACCAGAGAUGAGAAUUAAAGUUAUUCCAUAAGAAUGAAGAAGUGGGUACUGUACUGGAAACUUAUGAUAACCCAUGUGACCUUUUGGACUCAUCCUAUUAAAACCUUACCUAUCAAACUCAA